AUGCCGAAGUACAUCGAAGCCUUAACAGACUGGCAGGGCAAAGCAAAGGAUAUUUUUACCAGUGCCGAGAUGGUUGAAAGAGUUUCUAUGAAAAUGGGGCUUUCCAAUAUCAAGGCCGACGGACCAUUCCAGAAGGAGAAGCAGAUGUAUAUCUCCGCCGCUGUUCUGUACCCAUCAGAGAAGGUUCUCAGACAGCAGGAUCCGAAAAUGCUAGAACUGAUAAAGAAGCAUUCGACCAAGUCGGAAGCGGACGUGGGCAUAUUUACCAAACAUCUUCGAGAUAAUUGGCACCCCAACACUACUCUGAUCGACGUACAAUACUAUAAUAAUUUACUUACCAAUAAUCAAGAACGGGACUUUGAUGUUUGGUUUGAUCCAUUUCAGUCAUUGGUUCAUUUCCCUGCUGAUAAUAUGGUAACGAAACCUUCGAACCCCACCCGAUUGUUCGAUCACAUGUCAUCUUUCUUCCAAGAAAUCGCAAAUUCCAUCAGAUUUCUCGAUGAUAGGCUGCAAGUCGAGGCAAUACUUGGUGACUAUGUGGACGUCGCGGAAAAGGUUCAGAUGGGUCUUUACAGCAGUGUUACAGAUCAUGAUAGUGCUGGAGGAAUGAGACCCAAGGAAUUUCAUACUCUCACUAUGACAGGGGAUUAUAUGGGUGGGCAUUUGACAACUUUCCUAUAUGCGCUUCCACUAUGCAGAAGAUGUCCUUCCGUCUUCGUGAAAGCAAACUGUUUGCGAAACUCCAGUUCCUUCCUUACAGUAUUAGACUACCUCUCCGAGUACCAACUCAUAACCGACGACAAAAUGCUUCUCCAAUUAGCCCAAACUAUCAUCAUGAUCCGAGAGAAUAAGGAGUUUCUAUGGCCUAUGGCAGACUACACCUACUACACCUGGUCCGGUCCAGGUCCUCACCUGUACCCUGAUUUGCUUCCUCGUAAAGCUUUCACAAAAUGGUUCUAUGGCUUAUUCUUCCGCUGGGCAUUGCCAUUCAACCAAAAACCCCACAUAUUCCACGAGAUAAUCCUCUCACCUCUUAACCUAACGAUCCUCUUCCGUCUAAUUCUAGAUCCGUCCUGGGGCGAUGAAGUUGAUGGGUCUGUGAAAGGAGGAGCGUGGGAGACGAUGAGGGAAAGUGGGUUGCGGGUUUGGAGUACGCUGAAGUGGGAUGUGGAGAAGAAGGAGGCGAGUGCUUGGAUGGAUGAGCGGUUUGUAGAGGGUGUUGGGGGCAAACACUGGGCUUGUGGAUUGUAUAGGACGGAUGUUUGGAUGCCUGUCUUUGAGAAGCCGGUUGUUGUAGAGGGGUGGGUGAAAAGGGGUGAGCUGUGGGGUCAGUGA